GUUUAGUAGUGACCAAAACAAUGAAAAAACAAGAAAACAAAACUCGUGCUAACUGUGUAAAAUCGAUUUCUUUCAACACGUUUUCCAUGCAAUGAAUGAAAAAGGCGGAAUAGGCCGGCGAGUCCGGUGACCUUUCUUCGCGUAACUGUCAAAACGCGGAAAUUGUAAAUUGGAUAAUUUCUACAAAUUCCAAUAAAUUUUCCAUGAUUUAUCGCACAAACCCCGUGCGUAUUCAACAUUAACCCCACAAUCUUUAUUCGCGAUACCCAUUUACACACUCAGCGCUGUGUAAACAGUGAUAAAAACCCCACGAGCGGUGAUAGCAAAGUGUUGGGCGGACUUGUUUUGCCGAGUUAUUUUUGGGCGUAAUAGUGUUGUUUUGUGUUAAUACGUUAAAAUGGAGCCCAAAGAGGAGUACCACGACCCUGACUACGUGGGUACUUCCACCAGCUUCACUGAGGAACCAAAAACAAUGUCGGAAGUAGACAGGGUGAUGAAGAUCAGAGGCAUAGUUCGCCGGGAGUUUACCAAGGAGUUGGAAGCCAGGGAGAACGAGAUCAGACUCAUAGACCAGAGGGUAUCCUCAGCUCGCCACCUGCUGCACCGACUGCGCUGCGUGCUGGUCUCGCGCUACUACCAGGCGCAGCGGCUGCAGCUGCACCCGGGGCAGGCGCAGGAUGAGGUCGCGCAGCUCACAGAGCCUAGGAGUAAGGCUGAGGUCUCCAAGCUCCUCCGCGAAGGCCAGCGCCGCAUCCACCCGUCGGUCCGCAAGCUGCUGGGCCAGCGAGCCGCCAGCCUCGAGGAGAUAUUCCAGCACAGAGCACCACGGACUGCUACUAGGAAGGACUACUAUGCAAUGGUGCAAUCCAAGAACUACACGAUAGCGGCCGACAAGACGACGAGCCUGCGCCCCGCGGCCGCGCCCAGCGCCGAGGCACGGCCGCCGGAGAGGCCUAGGAAGGUCCCUCGUCGGCUCGAGCCGGCAGUGCAGGACGUGGUCACACUGGACGAGAGCGCGAGGAACAGGCGGAAGCACCGCUACCGGAUCAUUAUUGGAAACACCUCAAAAUACGCCCCAGGCGCGUCCGCCUCCGACAAAUCCACGCACAAAUGGCUUCUCUACGUGCUGACGUGCCGGCGUGGGGCGCCCCCGGCCGCGGCGGGCCCCGUGCUGCGCGCCGUCAGCGCCCUGCUGCACGCCAGCUACGCGCCCGGACACAUAGUGCACCACGAUAAGCCCCCGUUCCACAUCUCCCGUCGCGGCUGGGGCGAGUUCCCCGCACGAGUCACACUGCACUUCGCGCUGCCGGAGCGCAACCCGCCGGCCACCGUGGACCACCCCGUCACGCUCGACAAGAACUACACCGGCGUGCAGACUCUAGGAGCUGAAACAAUAGUGGACGUCUGGCUUUACAGCAAUGAAGAAAUGCUAAAAUACGAAUACACAGACGACAUAGAAACACCACUAGCCAUAGAAAACAUUAAGACUGAAGUCAAAGAAGAAACAGAAACGACAGAAAAUACUCAACCUACAGAUGUCAUAGAUACAAACAAACAACUAGAUAGUUGGCUAGACUUCUUCAAAAACGACAAUACAGAAUUAGACGUAGACGAAAUGAUAAUCAAAGCAGUCAAAAAAGAAUGCAAUAUAGACAACCUAAUAGGAUCAACGGAAGAUAAAACGUUAGAAACAAUUUGUGGUAGUUUAAAUACGGAUAAUCUUCAGAUCGCCAAUCAUACUGAUUUGGAAGCUAAAAUCAAACAAGAGCUUAUAGAAGAUACUGUGGUUGAUAAAGAACCAGUUGUGGCAGAAACUAAUUUAACGAAUCAUGUGAAAAUGGAAGUGGAUGAAGAGGUCCCAAGCGCAAUACUAAACCAGCCGACAACGCCCAAGAAAAGAAUAAUGAAAUACAUGGAUCCAAAUACAGGGAAGAUUUACUAUCUAGAAAUGGAUAGGAACUUAGAUUUAAGCAAAGUGCAAGAAAUUGUGAUAAAUUCAAAGGGUAACACAAAAACGGCCAAAAUCAGCCCGAUAAGGUCGAAUGGGUUGAAGAACGUGAGACGAACGCCUAAAAAAAGCAUGUCACUGUUAAAACCGGAGAUAAAUAACCAAUUAAAAACGGAAAAGAAAGAAAAAAUUGUGGCGAAAUUAAAAAGGGACGUCUUCAAGCAUUUACAGAAUGAUCACUGCUAUUUAGGCCACAAAUACGCAAAAACAAUGUUUGGCAACGACACAGUGUUGCCAGAUGACAAUAAUUCACAUGAAAUGGAGAAAGAUAUUGGUGUUGCCAACCAAGUUAUGGAAGAAGUUGAGAACAAAUUGUGUUUGUAUGAAAAACUUUGUGAUGCAGUGAAAAGGUUCUCUUGUGUCAGAGUGGCUGUUAACUAUUUGCUUCGUAAGAUUCCUUUAAUUUGUGAAACGAAGGAGGUGGACUUUUACAAGAAUUUCCCGUUUGUGGCAGAGAGUGAGGACUGGUAUUGGAAACUUGACUUCUCUAAGCGGAGAAAUAUUGAGUGGUCGCGGGCGAAAACGAUACAGAAAAUCCUGCUUCAACAUUCCAACUUAAAAGACUCAGUAUGGCGGACGAAGCAAAUCCUCCUAUUCUCACGUCUACACGGCUACUACCCCAUCAGACAAGAACGACACAGCAUCUCAGAAUACAACGUAGAAGAAUGGACGUCUUGGAACGACGUUGAAAACACGAGAAAACUAGAAGCUGACAUAAAAGAAACAUACCCCAAUUUUGCAAAUAGCCUGACAUUAUUCAACCCUAGCGAUUUUAUUAGUAACGACGAAAACACAGAGUUGGUAGAUUUGACAGAAGCGGACGAAGUGGUUGACAUAGUCAAUGACGUUCCGGUGACAGUUAAGAAAGAAGUGUUGCCAGAAGCGAAUAAUUUGGAAGUGUUGCCAGUUCAGGAUGAAGAUGAGAGACUGAUGUUUAUGUUUGUUGAGAGGAAGUGCGCUGAUAUUGGCAUUGAGUUGAGGAAUGAAGAUGUUGGGAAUGGAUACUCUUAUAGUGCGGUGCACGCAGUGAUCCUGUCAGCCGUGAAGAGUUUUGCAGAGGAACUACUGCGGAGCGCUCUCGCCGGCAGACUGACCGGGGACCGGACCAGCGGAGACCCGCCGCUGCCCGUGUGGACCAGCACGGACGCCAACGCCCCCUGCCCUAUACACUGGCAGCACCUCCUCCGCGCGCUGCGGGCGCCGCGCCUGCACGCGCUCGGGGGGCGGGGCCGCGCCGCCGCCACAGUAGCACCCACACUGAUAUAGACGAGGGGUUUAUAAAUAAAUCAUUAAAAAACUA